AUGCGUCUUCUCAGCUUCAGCGGUAAUCGCCUGGUGUGCACCAAAGAUUUCAUCAACGAACCUCCGCCAUAUGCGAUUCUCUCUCAUACCUGGGGUGACAAAGAUGACGAAGUCACCUUUAGCAAUAUCGCUGCUGGCAAAGGCUCAGAUAAGCUGGGGUAUUGCAAAAUACAAUUUUGCGCCAUACAAGCUGCCUCAGAUGGAUUAUCUUACUUCUGGAUAGAUACCUGCUGUAUUGACAAGUCGAAUAGUACAGAGCUUCAAAGGGAGAUCAACUCCAUGUUUCGCUUGUACAAGAACGCUGCUAAAUGUUACGCAUAUCUGUCUGAUGUAACGGUACAAAAAGAUGAUAGCCAGCAUGACUCCUCAUCUUCAUUGAGUUGGGAGUCUUUCUUUCGCAAAAGUCGGUGGUUCACCCGAGGUUGGACGUUACAAGAACUAUUGGCCCCGGCGAAAGUGGAAUUCUUUUCGUCGGAAUACGCGCGCCUGGGUAGCAAAGAGUCCCUGGAAAAAGAAAUUCAUGAAAUUACACAAAUUCCACUCGAUGUGCUUCGAGGACGGGAAUUAUCUGAGAUUAGUAUUGAUAAGCGAAUGUCGUGGUCAGAUGGCCGUUUUACGACAUACCCUGAAGACAAGGCUUACUCUCUUCUGGGUAUCUUCAGUGUUUACAUACCGCUUAUAUAUGGUGAAGGACAGGAUAAUGCAUUUAAGCGCCUUCGGCGCGCAAUUAGCGACCAAGCCAUUAUUGAAGGCAAGUUUAACAAUCUCAUUACUCUCCUACACUAUUGA